CUCAAGCAAUUUUGAACGAGGACGGGAUUGGAAGAAUGACGAAGAAAGUCACAUAGGAAAACUCGGAAUAAAAAAAGAGAAAAGGAGAGCUGCCAACUUACUGCCCGCCCAAAUUGGGCAUUCCAUUUGCAAUACAUUGCCACUUCCUGAAAACUUGUGUUAAGGGGAAGGAGAGUUCGCUGAAUGAGUACGGGUUAUUUUAUAACAUCGUGAACUCUAAGCAGGCGGUCACUUCCCUAUUACAACUGUAUCAUGAGUGAAAGCCCUAAUGGAGGAGCACCCGGCCCUCCUGUCAUGGAUGGCACAUUAUUUGUUGAGAGAAGACCAACUUACGGAGAAUUUAGCACCUUAGUAAUGUUCGCCCUGUUCGUGGCCGUCUUUUUGGCAAUGGUUGCCUUGCUUUACGUCAUUCGUUGGGUAUGUGAGCGGAUGGUCGUUGACAGAGGUGUCGCAACUGAGGGUUCCGAAGUAAUAGAAGAGGAAUCCAGUUCUCAGACUGAACCAGCCGAUGAGAAGGAAAUGAGCGAAUUGGUCUCUGAUAGCGAAAGCGCUAAACGUUGCUAUCCUUCGACUGAAAAAAUGGUGGAACUUUUGGUGCCAAAAAUAACGGAGAUAAAGAAGGAGCGUGUAGCGAUGGGAACACUAAGGCCUUGUUCGGGAUAUUCAGAUAUAGCUGUGAAGAACGAGCAAAUGUACGUCGGUGGACUAUCAAAACGUCUUAGGGAACCACCGAGGUACAUAUCUACGUUGGAGCCACCCGAAAUAAGAAAGGCGGAUCAACUUCGUCAAACCGAAAGCGGAAGUCCUGCUCUUCAUACAGGGAAAUCGUCAUUCAAAGCACCUCCGGAAGACAAGAACACUGCUGCGACACCAGUUUUAAUUACUUCAGACAAAACGCCAGCGGAACAAGUUCGUCAGACACAAAUACCUCUAAGCGGAACACAGCCUCCCUUAGCAUCUCCUGGCAUCGUCUCGACGCCUGGCCCUCAGUCUCAAGUUACGCUUCAAUCUGCUCCCGCCAGCUCUGAUAUAGUGAUAGUCGGCCAGUCAUCUGCUAGGUCGGCUUCAAGCGCAGAUGGAAUUGAUGCUGGUGCACGCGCUGCUACCGGGGUGAAGAUUACUGGUGCUACAGUAUCAAUCAAGCCAAUGCGGCGUAAGGGUGUGCGAAAGGCCUCCAUAGGAAAAAGAACUGUGCUUCCACAAUCGGUGCUGCCAGAAGUGACGACACCGCCGCAGACUGCAAGGGCAGUAACGCCUGUAUCCAGCAAGCUUUCGAGGACUACUAAUUCAUCUACAUAA